GACUUCCGGCUGUCUCGAGGCGCUUCGUUCGGUGCAGUUCCGGCGGGACAGCGCGGCUGUGAGGCUCUCGCCUCUCGUACCAGACAUGCAGCGACCGAAUUUCCGACCCCCGACCCCUCCUUACCCCAGCCCGGGUGUAGGAAGUUGGGGUAACGGGAGCAGCUUCCGGGGUGCCCCAGGCGGAGGAGGGCCGCGGCCGCCCUCCCCUCGGGACGGGUUCGGGAGCCCGCACCGCACGCCACCGUUCGGGCCCCGGGCUCGGCCCUACGGGAGCAACCACUCUCCACGACACGGCGGCGGCUUCUCGGGGGGCCGGUUCGGGUCCCCGUCCCCGGGCGGCUACCCCGGCUCCUACUCCAGGUCCCCCGCGGGGUCCCAGCAGCAAUUCGGCUAUUCCCCGGGGCAACCGCCGGCCUACCCCCAGGGUUCUCCAAGGACAUCUACACCAUUUGGAUCAGGGCGUGGUAGAGAAAAAAGGAUGUCUAAUGAGUUGGAAAGUUAUUUCAAGCCUUCAAUGCUUGAAGACCCUUGGGCUGGCCUAGAACCAGUAUCUGUAGUGGAUAUAAGUCAACAAUACAACAAUACUCAAACAGUCACAGGCAAAAAAGGAAGAUAUUUUUGUUAACAUUUCUGAAAUUCAACUGGAAGCUUCAUGUGUCAGGAACAUCUUGGACAGAACUUUAACUUGUGCAAUUAAGUUGAAUCCCAAAAUGAAUAAUCAUUAGUUGGACCUUCUUGGCAUUUCUCAUCGUAUCAUUGCUGUUGUCAUUAGAGGAGAAAGUAGGACAAUUUAAAUAUGUAGCUCUGAAAGUGCCUACCACAUUUAGAAGUUUUACAGUUUUCAUAUAUUUAACAUUCCUGGCUAUAACAGACAUUUGUCUUCUAAUGCUUUUCCAAUCCUUUAAAAUAAAACAUUUGGUGUUUAUA